AUGGAAAAUGUUGCAAAAAGGCUAAGGAUAUACAAGAAUCUACCAGUUGUGAUAUGUGAAUGGCAUCAACAUGUGCUGCCACAUAUCCAUCGAGGGAUUGCAUCCCGUCAUCUUCCAGCCCAUUGUAUCAAAAUGAUACACUUUGACGCCCACCCAGAUCUCACGUUUCCAUUAACGAAGUCAGCUGAUGACUGUUUCGAAAAAAGCAUUCUUUAUGACGAGCUUGAAAUAGCAGAUUGGAUUCUGCCUUUAUUUUAUGAGGGGCAUAUGGACAAGUUUGUAUGGAUAAAACCAAGUUGGGCAGACCAAAUACAGAACGGAAAAUACAUGAUUAAAGUGGGGAAAGAUAAGAACAACGGCUUUCUAAGAGUAGAUCUAAAAGAUGAAUAUUUUAUUGAAGAACUGUUGUAUUCAAGAGCAGCGGACAUUUCUGAUGCAAAUGAUGUUUCAAUACAAGUAAAAACUCUGUGCUGUGGCACUAAAUGUGACAAAUUGAGUCAAAAUAAAGAAGAAGUCUGUGAUUCACAGCUUUGUGAAAGUGCUAAAAGAUUAAAAGAGGAUUUCAGAUGUAAAGAUGUUGAAGAUCUGAUUGUUGGAAAAUCAGAAAGUUUCAUUUUGGAUAUUGAUUUGGAUUUUUUCUCAACCUACAAUCCUUUCAAGUUACAACACUCUAAGGAUGACUUUGCAAGGCUAGCUGAAAUAUACCAAUUCGAAGCACCAAAUAGUCUAUCAGAGGAGGACAUAGGUGAAGCAAUGAAGAAUCGUCAGUAUCAGCUUGAGAAAUUACAGAACACAAUUAAAUACUUCAUUCAGGAUAAGCUAAAAGAACUGACAAAGCCAACUGAGUUUUUAAACUUGAUUGACCAAGAAAAAAGAGUUGAUGUAUCAGAAAUUGAUUCUGAAUAUUACAGUCUCCUGUUGAAACUACACAAGAAUGCUAAUGGAACUGGAACUGAAUUUGAUUUAGAGCUGAUCCAUUUUGCUGGGAUGUCAUCUGAGCUGCCUCACCAUCGAAGCACAAAUGAUGAAAUCAAUAACUCUUUAGAAGAUGUAGAGCUAUUUUUGAGAUGUUUAGAAAAACCCAUAUUUGUAACCAUUGCAAGGUCAGCUGAGGAUGAAUAUACUCCAAAAGACCAGGUUGAUUAUAUACAACAAAGGGUGAUCCAGUUACUUAAAAAACUCUAUGGUGAUAUUUCUAUUGUUAAGGACUAUGAAAAUAUAAACGAAAAUACAUAAUUAUGUAAAUACUAGGAAAAAUCUAUAUCGUCAUUUGUAAAGUGCAUUUUUUUAGUAUCACAGUUCUUAUUCCAUUGA